CUACGGGAGGUAUUUCUCGCAACACCGCCAUGGAGAGUCUAUUGAUUGUGACGUUCGGGGCCAAAAGAAGUUGAUUUUAUUUUAUUGUACACGAUAACACAGUAGUAGUAAUAGUAAGAAUAGUAGCGAUAGUCCUCCGCAAGGGUGCAAGGCAUGAUGGUCAGGGCCGGAUACUACGUGCGUGAGUGCAUAGGGAGGUGAUGAUGUGGUAUCAACCUGUAACACUGAUGGAUUUGACCCCGGUGGGAAUGAGUCUGGGGAUUAAUCAGUUUUGGAGUAAUUCAUCAUAUGCCACUCUUCCGUCUCGCCCUGUUCCACUCAGCCAUCCUUGUGUACAGGUGGGCAGGAGAGGGAUGCAGGCAAACUUUAGAAGACUGUGACUGCAGUGGUGUGUGUGCUUGGCAAGCCUAGGGAGGGACAGCCCUUGGCUCAGAAGAGAAUGGGAAGUGCCUCGUCCAAGUUUAAGAAAUAUCUUCAACAUGGUGAUGAAUUUGCUGCUAUGCAGGUUUUCCAAAGCUCUCCUGAACUCCGCUCCAACCUUGACCCCAGUGCAAGCUAUGGAGAGUCUCACAACCACAACACUCCCUUGCAUUAUGCUGCCAAGCAUGGCAUGAAGCAUUUGCUGAGGACUUUUCUCAGUGAUCUUGGAGGAAACCCAAAUAAGAAAAAUGCAGAUGAUGAGACAGCAGUUCACUGUGUCUGCCGCGUUGGGCAGGCCAAGUCUCCUUCAGCAGAGGAUCGACGUGCAGCCUGCAUUGUCAUGAUCUUACAGUGGCGUGGACCUUUGCUGCCAGAUGGGGAGAAAGAAAGGGCUCAGCUUAAUGCCCAAGACAAGAAAGGAAACACUGCCCUUCAUUAUGCAUCAGCCUCAGGGCUCCAAAAAUGUGUGGAGCUCCUAGUGGUUCAAGGAGCAGGGCUCUUCCUUGAGAACCGGGACCGAUUGACUUCAUGUGAUCUGGCUGUCCGGCUUGCCCACCAUGAUGUGGCUACCUACCUUGAAUCACGGAUGGUCUUUGCUGACAGCUGUGAUGGCAUCAAUGAGAAUGAACUGGUUGGCCGUGAGGGAGAUACAGAGGGAGACAAUGAGGUGUACUCAGGCCUACGUGCUCAAGACCUUCAAGAAGCUAAAGAUCAGCUGCUAGUGGAGACGGCAGAUAUGCUGCACAUCCCUCUCUUUACUGCGGAAGCUCUUUUGAGAGACAAUGAAUGGUCCAAGGCUCUGUUGCUGGAGAAGUGGAUGACCAAUGCUGUGCAGUGCUGUGAGGAGGCUGGCAUUGCCCCUCCUGCAUCAGCCCUUCAGCUUGUAGGCCCCACGCCACCUCUCCUCACACCAUCACCCCCCACCUCUGUCAUCACUCCUCCCCCUCCCCCUCAUAUACCUGAGGUGGCGGAGGAUAAUGAAGGCGGGAGGGACGUAAAAAAUCUGUGUGAAAUCUGCUUUGGGGAAAUGAGGAGCUGGGAGCUGCAGGAGCAUGGAGGUGCCAGCUGUCAACACCACUUUUGUGCCACCUGUUGGGAGAGCUAUCUCAGCCUCAAGAUCCAGGAGGGUGGCGCUCACCACAUCCUUUGCCCUGCCGUGCGCUGCAACAUUCUUGUUGAUGUAGAUUUUAUUGAGAAGAUGGUCAGUCCAGAGAUAGCACGAAAAUACCUGCAAUUUGAUAUACAGGCCUUUGUGGAGAGAAACAAGACAAUCAAGUGGUGUCCACUUCCUGGCUGUGGCAGGGCCGUCAAGUUCCCAGAAGCGGAGCUUGAAACACAACCAUUUUACUUCCCUAACACAAAGCCACCACCCAAGACAUCCCAUGCUGUUGACUGUGGAAAUGGACAUUUUUUUUGCUGGGAGUGUCUUGGGGAAGCCCACUCACCUUCUGGCUGUGAGCAGUGGAUAGAGUGGCAGGGCAAGGUGGCAGAGGUGAAACCUGAAGAACUGCACAUCAGCUCAGGGGAGACAGAAGAUGCAGCAAAUUUCCUUUGGCUGGUGACCAACUCCAAGCCUUGCCCCAACUGCAAAAGUCCCAUUCAGAAAAAUGAGGGAUGCAACCACAUGAAGUGUUCCAAGUGCAAGUUUGACUUCUGCUGGGUGUGCUUGGAAAGCUGGAAGAGGCACUCCUCUGCCACGGGCGGAUACUUCCGCUGUAACAGGUUUGAUGCACAGAGCAAAGCAGAUGAGAAGCUCGGCGUGCUGCUGUCAGAGGCCACCAUACGGAACCACCAAAUGCAAGAGCUGAACAGGUUCAUCCAUUAUUACACACGCUUCAAGAACCACCAGAAUUCACUUAAUAUGGAGGAACCUCUGCUCAAGAGUGCCAGGGACAAGAUGGAAGUGUUAGCAACAUCACUGCCUUCUCAGGAACAGCAAGGACAAGCUUCAGUGGAAAAGGGGACACGCUUUGUGGAGGAAGGAGUAAAGGAACUCCUUAAAGCACGGCGUGUCCUGUGUGGCUCCUACGUCUAUGGUUACUACCUGGAAGAUAAUGGCUACAACAAGACCAUCUUUGAGUACAUGCAGAAUGAACUGGAAGAGGUAACAGAAAAGUUGUCGGAGAUGGUGGCCCGUCAGUACCUGGUAACACCCCGGCGCCAGAUCAUUGCCACCACCCUGCUGGCACGGAGGCGCAGGCACAAGUUCGUAAGGGCUGUCAGCAGGGGGCUGCUCCCUCCCGAAACACCUCCUGCCCUGCGUCGGGCACGAAAGAGGAGACUGCCUGGCUUGGUUGGAAUGGAUCCACCAGAUGAUAUGGAGAAUGUGGAGGCAAUGGGCAGAACACUCGACCCAUCACAGCCUUGGGUGAAGGACUCCCGGGGCUGCCACACCAACCUGGCAGCCUUGCUUGACUGGCCUGAUCUGGACUCUGAUGAAGAGGAAAGCAGCUUGAAUCAAGCACUUACUCUUACGCUGCUUGGCAAGUGCAGCCGCAAGGCCUGCCCUCGACCUCGAGCACGUAACCCUCGCACAGGAACCAUUCAUGACUACUGCUCCCUCCACUGUGCUCAACGUGCCAAAUACCUGCCUGACCAAGGGGAUGGAGAAUCAGAAUCCUCAUCAUCAUGGGAGGUUUGUGAUUCCAGCAUGGAACUUCUCAUUGCCCUUGAGAUGUCUCGCCUCCAGAUGAUAGAAGAUGAGGCACGGCGUCGACUCUCAUGGCUGCAGGAGCACUCCAGAGAGCAGGGAUGGGAUGGUUCUGUAGACAAUAGGUCCCAGCAAGGUUGCAUAGAUGUGUCUGCAGUGCCAGGAACCAGUGUGGCCCACAAUAGCAUAUUCAGUUAUGAAGUGGCCUUCGGAGGCAUGAGUCAGGGUGGUGGUGGGAGCAGCCAGGAUGAAGCCUCAGGAUGGAUACGGCCAGAACUGGGUGAAGGAGCCAUCUCCUUCCAGCCUUCUAGUGCUGAGAUAGCAGUAGAUUAUUUUCUGAAAAAGCUGGCCAAUAAGGAUAUCAGUCAAAGGAAUCUCAAUGUGGAAAAGAGUUGGGCAGAGAAUAAGAAGGUGGAGAAGGACCUCAUCUGUUUCCCUAAGGUAACUGUGCCAGGAGAAGUGGAGGAUGGACUCUUCCAGUAUGGUGACCUCCAUGAAAAUGGUCAUCUUCUUCCACCCGUGGACCUGAGACGUGACCUAAGACGUUCACAGUCCCUUGGUGACCUGAAGACCUGUGAGGAAACAUUAUGCCUUUUAGAUGUUGAUCACGCACACCAGGACCACCCAGAGGAGAGCCUGCGGCAACGAUUUACAGCAGUGGCGGCGACAGACAGGGUCAGUGUGGAUGACGAGGAAACAGAGAGUGGCGGAGAUGUGGAAAACACUGACCCAGGUGGAGCAUCAGAGAUAAUUGGGGAGAUGGAUUCACCUCUAAUGGAUCUGGAGGUGAGGGGUAUUCUGAGUCACCUGGAGGAAUCUCCAGGUGUGGCUGGGGAUGGUGGUUGUGGGGUGGGGGGCCAAGAACCUUCCUUCCAAUUGGUGGUAGAUGAAGGAACAGAUAAAGAGGAGAGUAACUCAACAGAGCAGAGUAGCAGUGCACCUGUGGCCAACAUUAAAGGGUUGCGCAUCCAUAUCUCUCACUCAAACAAGCUGGAGGGUCAGGGAUCCAAUGAGUAUGAAUCAGAGACAGGAAUUCCAAACUCUCCAACGCUGUACAUCAGUGGUGUAUCCAUCUGCCGCUCUCCUGAACCCCGCUCUCCCAAGGUGCACCACCGAGAGGUUCGCUCCCCGAGCCUCACCCUCCCUCUCUGCUGCACCCCUGAGCCACGUCCAAGGUUUGAGGGACGACUGGAUACAUCACCACUUCCUAUAUACAGUCGAUCCCGUUCUUCUUCUCUUGUUGUGCCCAGCUCAUCAAGCUUAUCUCCAAGAGUGUGUGCACGAACUUCUGGUGCAUCUUUGCACCUAUCUUCCAUCUCUCUUCAAGCCACCAGGGCCACCUCUCCCUUUCUCACAGGAGAACUUAGAGUGUCUCGAUCAGCCUCAGAGCCUGAGAAAGGGAGGCUAGUGUUCCAGUUCCCUAAAUCUCCUACAGAUGGGGCGUUAAGCUCAGUUCUUCAUGUGGAGGAGUCAACUCUGAGCUCUGAUGAUUUUCAUGAAGCACUGUUCCUCGGAAAAUCCCCAAAACCUGUAAAGAAAAAACGUUCAAAGAAUGAGCGCAACAAAGGGGCCAAAGAACGAUCCAAAGGUGAUAAAGAAGGCAAGGAGAAAGUCAAGGAAAACAAAAUAAAGGAAAAAGCAAAAGACAAUGGAAAAGAAAGGAAAGAGAGCAAAGAAAAGAGAAAAAUCAAAUAGCUCACUUUCACUGUGUAACUGGGAGAGCAACAUGAAGCUUCAUGGCAGUGACUUCUUUGUUUCUGGUUCAUCUCAGGCUCACAAGUUAUUCAAGAGAGAGAAAGUCUCAUUUUGCUGAAUUUGAAGAAAAAGGCUGUGUUACACAAGAAAGGGUCAACACACACUCUUAUUUAAUAGUGGGAUGGCAAUGUAAGCUUUGACUAAGGCCGGAAAAUGUGAAAACAGAGGAUAGGCGUUUAAUACAUGUACCUCAGGUGUGUGUGUGUGUGUGUGUGUGUUUACCUAGUUGCAGCAUAAAGGAACUGUGCCUGCAUUCUUGUUGUCCUUCUACAAAUUCAGGCGAGGGGGAUUGCUGGCCCAUCACUUCCACAGCACCAGGCCACAACCUCAUAACUUAAGUUUGUACCUAUUCUUUGCUAGUUGAACUGUUGCCAUUGUUUGAAGAGACCCAAUCAUAUUGCUUCUGCUCAGCUGGAGAUUUGUAUGUUUGUGUGUGUAAGAGGAGAGUGAAUUGUCCAGCCAAUAUAUGGAGCAUGUAGGAACUGAGUACAUGCAUGUGUAUUCAUUUCCUUCUGAAGUUUAUUAUUUUGGCCUGGACUAUUCAUUUUUAUCGUUAUUCCACACCUCUAUGCUCUCUUUUAGAAGGCUACAUGUUUUAAUGUUAUUAAUUUGUUGUCUUCAUUUGUGUUCAUGUUUGGUUCUUCCCUCCAACUAUGCCUUGAUUGUAGUCAUCAGCAUACUCUUAAUUAAAAAUGCCUCGGCUAUUUUGCAGUCA